CGCGCGAUCUGUGAACUCGCAGGGAGGGCGGGGGGUCUGACGGAUUUGACGGUCACGGGGGUGGUUGAUCCGGGUCUUCUCCGUGGACUGCCCGACGACGGGGCGGGGAAGAAGAAGGGCUGGAAGCAGAUGCGCCGCCUCGAGAUCAACUUUUAUGAAACGACCCCUUCGGGAGGGUGGUACUUUACCGGCCGGCCUCCGCGUGAUGCACUCCCGCCGCAGUUUGACAUUGACGAUUGGACGACGACCGAUGGCGACAGCGGGAAUAUGGUGGUUGCGCAGGAUGUUUCGGAGCUCGGGGACGAGCAGUUCAGCUUUGCCCGCGAGGCCGGGCUCGCGGCCAUGGAGCCCCGGAACGUGUUCCGCACGACGCCCUGCGCGGAGACCAUGGCGCCCCUGGUCGAAGCCUUCGCCGAGGCGACGGCGCGGAUGCCCAGGCUCAAGACGGCCAUGCUCAACUGCACCACGGACUCGGCGGAGUUCAACUUUGCGGGUGGCGGUGGGUUGUUCGCAGAGGACGGGGGAAGUGGGAGGCCGGACUGGUUCGUGUUGGCGUACAUGGAGCCUACUUCUCCGAGAGAGCCUGCUGCUGGGAGGAGAGUGGAUGAGAUGAUGGAUGGUGAUGCCGAGCGGCUCAGUGCGCACAUGACGACCCGCUGCCGCCGGACGAGGUCGACCAGCCAGGCUGCUGUGCAAAGGCAGCUCGUCACAUCUCUGAUGGGGUGGCAGCCAACGAAACAGUUGCAAAAGAAGCUGACGACCGUCCAGCCCGAUUCCCGCGCCGAGGUUGUGGUUGAGAAGGACAUGGAUACGUGGUUGAUGGAGCAGGGCCAGCUGCCUAUCGUCGUUUCCUAGAGAUAUGGAAGAGUGGAGAUUGAGUUUCGUGGUCAUUAUAUGGCCUGAAUGAGGUGAACCUUACAGCAUUCUCUAAAUAGCAUGGCAUAGCAUUGUUUUCGAAGUAAACACAACUUCCAACCUCCAACUUUUGGACAGAGAUAAUGAUGUUCAACUGUCCUGCUGUCGAGAUCUUCGUCAAGCUUUGUGUCUAUGUUAACAUGU